AUGAAUGGUCGAAAUCUUUGUCCUUGUGACAAACAAACAAAUGAAAAUGAGCGAUUCAAAAAUCAAGUAGACGGUUGGAGAGCCCCAUUAGCCACCACUACAAACUCAUGUGUGCCGCAUGUUGACGCCUUCACGUUGUUCCUCCGAAAGAUAAGCAUUGCUCGUCGAAAACCGUCCAAAGACUUCAAGCCUUCUCCUUCAUCAACUGUUGCUUUGCUCCUUGGCUUCUGGCCCGAAGAUCCCCUCUUCGCGAAGAGCCGCAAAGGCGGCCUCGAGGAUCUCGUGGCGUCUGUCGCAAAUUACAAGGUAGUCCAGGUAAAUCUGCCUUCGCGUCUGAGGGGUCGACGGAGUGUCGUCUUCAUCUUCGUCCUUGGUUUUGCGGCUGAUGGCGGUGGCAGCUUCUUUGACGAGACCAGCUACAGGUGUGUGUUUCAAGUACGUGUACCAGAGCGGGUCCCUGAAGACGUGGUUUGGGUCCUUGAGGCCGUCGCGCGCUCCGUUGGCGCAGGUGACGACCCAGGUAAGGUCUACGAGCCGUAUACCGUAGUACUACCAAGAUCACGUGUCCUCAUCGUAGGAGGUUUCUGA